CUCGUUUAAUUAUUGUAAAAUACUAUAUAAAUAAGUAUAUAUUUGAUCUGGCUCCUGUAUUUAGUUUUCUUAAUUCCUUUACUGGUUUUACACCAAAAAUGAGUAUGACAGUAGUAUUUUCAGAAACAGAGGGAAAAGUGGAGAAGAAAAUUCGCCUUAAGGACAUAGCCAUCUGCGGUUUAUCUGAAUUUUUUGGAACAGCCGUUUUACUCUUUUUAUCAUGUACCGCUACGACUAUGGAUGUACAGGGGAAUGUACCCAGUAUUCACCCCCAAUUGGCAGCUGGACUCGCAGUUACAGUAGUUAUACAGAUGCUGGGACAUAUUUCUGGCGCCUACGUAAAUCCAGUAGUGACACUUUCAGCGUAUAUCUUAGGAGAAAUCAAUUUGAAACAAGCACUAACCUACAUCGGUUGCCAAAUUUUUGGGUGCCUUUGCGGAACUGGAUUUCACAGAUUAUUGACCCCGGAAAUUGCAUUCCAAAAAGGCUACGGUCGGGGAGUAUGCGUUAAUGCUCCAGGACAAGGAAUUACUGAUGUCGAGGCUUUUGGGAUAGAAACGAUUUUAACAAUAAUAUUGGUGGUAGCAAAUGCAUCUAGCUGGGAUAAGAGAAAUUCUCAAAAAUCGGAUUCUGUACCACUAAAAAUUGGAUUAGUUGUUGUAUCACUGAACAUAUCUGCAGCAGCAUAUACUGGUGCUAGUAUGAACCCUGCCCGAAGUUUUGGCCCAGCUGUAUGGGCUUCAGAUUAUGUUUCUCAUUGGGUAUAUUGGGCAGGUCCUACAUUAGGAUCACUCAUCGCUAGUUACAGCUACAAAUAUAUAUUUUCAGAAAGAAAUCUUUAAAAUAAAUUUAAUGCGCCAUUAAAUAUUUUUUGAUGCCAGA